CCUUUCAAAAUGGCGGACCUAAAGGAAGAAAACACGAGCAAAACAGUAUAUUUAGACUACAAUGCAACGACUCCACUUGCUCCUUCUGUACUGCAAAUUAUUAACGAGACGUUACGUGACGCUUGGGGCAAUCCAAGCAGCUCUCACGUCGCUGGGAAGAAAGCGAAGGAUGUGAUAAAACUAGCAAGGAGUCGAGUUGGUGACAUGAUUGGUGCCCGAGUAGAGGACAUUAUCUUCACCUCCGGAGGAACAGAAGCAAAUAAUAUCGUAUUUUGGUCGCUUGUAAAACAUUUCAAAACAUGCUAUCAUGUAAACGAAGCCACGAAAUCGCUUCCACAUAUUAUAACCUCAAACAUUGAGCACGAUUCAGUCUCAUUGGCAAUUGAUAAUUUAGUUAAGGAAGGUUAUUGUGAAAAAAGCGUCGUCGGAGUUACGCCUUCAUCAGGCAUGGUGGAUGUUGAUAGGAUUAUCGACGAAAUUAGACCGAAUACAUGUCUUGUGUCAAUAAUGAUGGCAAAUAAUGAAUCAGGUGUCAUACAGCCAAUCAACGAAAUUGUCUCAAGGAUAAGAAAGUUGCAAGUUGAUAGAGAUAGAAACAACUAUUGCAAGAUAUUCAUUCACACAGACGCCGCCCAAGCCAUUGGAAAAAUCAAAGUCGACGUUUCAGAGCUGGGAGUUGAUUAUCUAACCAUAGUUGGCCAUAAAUUUUAUGCCCCUAGAAUAGGAGCAUUGUUUGUGAGGUCACCUUCAAAAGAAACCCCGCUCUAUCCGAUGUUAUUCGGUGGUGGUCAAGAGCGAGGUUUUCGGCCUGGUACUGAGAACACUGGAAUGAUCGCUGGACUGGGUGAAGCGGCAAAACUUGUUGUGGAUAAUCUCAACACAUAUUCUGCCCACAUGAGAAAGGUUCGCGACUAUUUAGAGACACGACUUGUCAAAAUAUUUCCUGACAAGAUUCACUUCAACGGAAAGUUCAACUCAAGCGAACGAAUCCCAAACACUUGCAAUUUUUCAAUCCUCGGACCAGGUCUCCAAGGUUUUUGCAUCUUGUCACGGCUCAAGAGAACUCAAGUGAGUUUGGGCGCUGCCUGUCACGCUGAUCAGCAGUUUUCACCAUCUCGGAUACUUCUCGCAAUGGGGAUCGACAAAGAGAUCGCGGGCAAUGCAUUGCGUGUUAGUGUUGGCCGAGAAACAAGCUUGGAUGAUAUUGAUAUUGUCUUGAGCGACCUGGAACAAGCUGUGAACUCAAUCCAGCAAACUACCAUGGACGUGAACAAAGUUUAAAGUAGUUCUACAAUCAUUUCCAUAGAUAUUCUCAACACAUAUAAAUACAAUCUAUAAUUGGGCUCACCUCAUGUUCAAAUACAUCCAGAAGACAUAGCAGUAGAUGCUUUAAAAUAAAAAUUCUAGUUCCAAAAA